UUAGCGGAGUCUGUAACCUGAAGCGUAUGUAACCCGAGGUACCACUGCACAACAACAAACACACAAUUAAAAAGCAAUCCAAAGCAAUGAAAGGACAACCAAGGCUUCUCAACAAAAUGUUAAGCAAUUGCAGAGGCCUGUCUGUCUUUUUAAAAAGAAGGCCCCAUCAGCCUUGAGUUCAUGAAUCAUUUACAGCAAGGGGAACAGCCAGUGACUGAAAACUGAGAAAGUAAAACUUAACUGGGACUUUGGCAGGUAUGGCUGUUUCUGGUGGUCCCGUCCAGAGUCUGUGCGAUGAAGCUACUUGCUCCAUCUGCCUGGAAUAUUUCAAGGAUCCAGUGACCAUCCCAGAGUGUGGGCACAACUUCUGCCGAUCUUGCUUGGUCCAGUGCUGGGGGAAACUGGAGGCAGAGGCUUCCUGCCCACAGUGCAGAAUAACUGUCCAGCCAAGGAGCCUCAUCUCCAACCGGCAACUGGCCAACGCGGUAGAAAUAGCCAAGAAGCUCAGCCUUCCCCUUCAGGAAGGGAAGGUCUGUGAGAAGCACCAGGAGACCCUGAAACUCUUCUGCAAAGUCGAUGCGACCCUCAUCUGUGUGGUUUGUGACAGAUCCAAGGAACAUGAAAACCACAAGGUGAUUCCUCUGGAGGAGGCCUCUGAAGAGUACAAGAGACUGAUCUGCAGUCGCCUGGAGACGCUGAGGAGAGAGAGAGAAAAAAUGCUGGCCUAUCAAGCAGACCUGGAAAAGCAAAGCCAAGACCUUCAAAUGUCACUCUGAACCCAGACACAGCCCAUCCCAAACUCAUCCUGUCCGAGGAUCGGAAAAGCGUGAGAUGGGGAGACAAAAAGCAAGCCCUGCCUGACAAUCCUGAGAGAUUC